CAGCAGCAGCAGGGAACAUGUCUUCGACUUCGAUAUGAUCAUCGAUGGGUUGCCGCCGGGCUUCGUGUUCGGGACAGCUUCGGCUGCGUAUCAGAUCGAGGGUGCGGUGAACGAGGGUGGGCGCGGCCCAACGAUCUGGGACACCUUCUCCCACAUGGAUCCACCCAAGGUAGCCCGCGGGGAGAACGGAGACGUCGCUUGCGACUCGUACCACAGGCGAGUGUACGAGGAAGACGCCGACCUGACCAAGGCCGCGGGGUUCGACGGCUUCCGAAUGUCGUUCGCGUGGAGCCGCAUCUACCCGGAGGGGGAGGGCGACGAGCCUAACGCCGAGGGCAUUCGCCACUACCACGACGUGAUCGACUCGUUGCUGGAGAGGGGGCUGGAGCCAAUGGUCACGCUGUACCACUGGGAUCUACCGCAGGCUCUGGAAGACAAGUACGGCGGUUGGCUCAACGAAUCCAUCGUCCCGGCGUUCGAGGCCUACGCGGACACCUGCUUCCGGGAGUAUGGCGGCAAGGUGAAGAAGUGGAUCACCAUCAACGAACCUUGGAGCUUCAUACACCACGGCUACUCCACAGGCGGGCACGCACCCGGACGCUGCUCAAACAGGCAAGUGGAUCUGACACACUGUGAUGAAGGGGAUAGCUUCACGGAGCCCUACAUCGCGGGGCACAACGUUCUCAACUCCCACGCCAGGGCGGUGUCUGCGUACCGAACCAAGUACAAGGCAGAGCAACGGGGUGUUAUCGGCAUGACUCUCAACUCUGACUGGGCUGCGCCGCUGGACCCUGACUCCGACGCCGACAAGGCGACGGCGGAGCGUUUCAUGGAAUUCCAGUUAGCGUGGUGGGCCGAUCCCAUCUACUUCGGGGACUACCCGCAGGUGAUGAAAGACGUGGUCGGGGACCGGCUUCCGGUAUUCACGGAGGAGGAGAGCGCCCUGAUCGCCGGGAGCAACGACUUCUUCGGCCUGAACCACUACACGUCAUGGUACUACACCGACAUCCCCGAUGAAGACCCGCCACGAGAGGGAACGUCGCCGGCGAAGGCCCGCGCCGCCGGUAUCACGCUUCCCGAGACACCUCCGGGCGACGGGUGGGCUAUGGACAUUGGUGCCAUCCAGACCAAGAUGGACCUGAACGGAACGAUGAACGGCGGCGCCGCGGCAACAGACUGGCUUACCAUUGCCCCCGAGGGGUUCCGGCCACUGCUGGUAUGGGUUGCUUCGCGGUAUGGCCGACCCAUCAUCUUCAUCACGGAGAACGGCGUGGACAGGGCCGGCGAAGACGAAAUGGAGUUGGAGGAGGCGUUGAAGGACGAGGCGAGGCGGUCGUACUACCACGGCUACAUCACGUCCAUGGUCACGGCGAUGGUUGAGGAUGCGGUUGAUGUGAGGGGCUACUACGCGUGGUCUAUCCUGGACAACUUUGAGUGGUCUGACGGCUACAGGCCCCGGUUCGGGCUGACCUACGUCGACUACGACAACGGGCUGGCGCGGUACCCCAAGGACAGCUCCAAGUGGUUCGCCAGCCUUGCCGAGGCAAGACGGGAGCGCCGCGACGGCAGCAUCACCGCCGGCUGUGAUUGCACCGACUCCUCCUCCUCCUCCUCCUCCUCGGACGACGAUUCGGACGAUGAUGACGAUUCGGAAGACGAUUCAGACGACGACUUCGGUGGCAAGGCCGCCAGCUUUGGCGAAGAAGGCGGUGCCGCGGACAUGCAGAUGACGACGGAGGAAGGGGGCCAGCAGAUGGAAGGAGGGCGGGGUCCCCACGGGCUGCAGGACGCCGGCCGGGCGUCGGGAGGGCUGGUUCUGCUGUGCUUGCUGGUGGCGGCGGCGGUAGGGGCGGUCGGGUUUAGCCUUGGGAAGUACAGCCGGUGGGCUUGCGGACGGGGUGCGCGGUACGAGGGCUUGGCGGGGCUCCCGCGGUCGAAGGGUUGGUGGGUAGCGGCGUUCCUGUGCUCGGGCUUCGUUGCGGGGGCCACCUGCUCCGUCUUGCUUCUGCGGUCCUGAUACGACGGCUGCUGCGCGAGCGAGCAACGUACGUUCACUGGUGCUGAAGCGGCAGGGUGCAUGCCGGGGUAGCGUCUCUGAAGAGCGGUGCCGUCGUUUACUUCUGUCCGAUGCGCGCGGUGGAAUCGAUGAGGUUUCCCCGUGUACAGCAGUUUACGGCGUGGCCUGUUCCCGGUGCUAGCUCGAUUCAGGGGUGGAUUGAGUCGCGCGGAUGUUGCAUUGCAGCGGUUCCCCUCCGCUUAAAUCCAGAGAACGCCACAAAUUCUAGGUUGGUAGAUCUUUUAUGCCACGCGACGGUCGCGAUAUUGUUCCGUGGUGGCGCAACCAAUAGCCAAGGCGUGCACUGGGGGCGCACCUUAUAGUGAAGGGGCCUCUCUCCCGUCCGGGUGUACGACCCCUUUCUUGGUGUCUCGCAGUCCAUUGCGUGAUGAUGCGGAGGUUGAGCCUUGAUGAACUCUCCCGAGUCCCUGAAUGAGUGUGAUGGGGCCGUUUGAUAUCUCGACUCCGGGGACGGUAUUGCGAGGGCAAGGGCGAAGUUGGACGGUUACUUACGUGAACCGCCUCCCCGCGAGAUGUUCCCGUCGCAUUUGUUUUUUUGUUUCACACGUUGGACAUGACGUCCUUUCGGGCUUGUGUGAUAUUUGGUACUGUCUGCUUGGACGUUGUUUUCCUUGCUUCAGGGUUCGUUUUUUCGGUGCAGAUCCGGCAGGCUGUUCUAUGGAGCGGGAUGUUUGUUCAUCGUGGUGGUGUGGGCGUGCCAAGUCAAGGUUUUGUGCAGAAAACGUCGCUGGUAUUAGCUGAGCGGGUCGUCGGGGUUUUUGUGCGCGCCACGACAUUUACCGAACUAUCGUCAUCGUCGCGUGAGCAUGAUUUUGCAAGGGUAGGUUCUGUAGGGUACCCACAGACGAGUUCUGUGAGUUCUGUGAAGGUCGUGCCACAGUACCCUAUAGUUCUGUUAGUUCUGUGACAGACCCAGCACCCUACCGAACUGUUCUGUGAGUUCUGUGACAGACCCCGUACCCUACCGAAUUUUUCUGUGACAGCUCGCUUACAGAACUCGAAAGUUCUGUGAGUUCUGUGACAGACCCCGUACCCUACCGAAUUUUUCUGUGACAGCUCGCUUACAGAACUCGAAAGUUCUGUGAGUUCUGUGACAGACCCCGUACCCUACCGAAUUUUUCUGUGACAGCUCGCUUACAGAACUCGAAAGUUCUGUGAGUUCUGUGACGGCUCACCACAAUAACCUAAAGUUCUGAGUUCUGUGACAGAACCAGCACCCUACCGACUUUCCUGUGAGUUCUGUGACAGACCCAGUACCCUACCGAACUUUUCUGUGACAACUCGCUUACAGAACUCGAAAGUUCUGUGAGUUCUGUGACGGCUCACCACAAUACCCUAUAGUUCUGUGAGUUCUGUGACAGACCCAGUACCCUACCGAACUUUUCUGUGACAACUCGCUUACAGAACUCGAAAGUUCUGUGAGUUCUGUGACGGCUCACCACAAUACCCUAUAGUUCUGUGAGUUCUGUGACAGACCCAGUACCCUACCGAACUUUUCUGUGACAACUCGCUUACAGAACUCGAAAGUUCUGUGAGUUCUGUGACGGCUCACCACAAUACCCUAUAGUUCUGUGAGUUCUGUGACAGAUCCAGACAUUCCCAAGAUCGCCGAUAAGGACAUCCGCAGGUGUCUGCCGGCACGGUUCAACGGCGACGCGGACGCUGACCUCAAGGCCGCUGAAGCCGCCUUCGACGUGGUGAACAACACCUCGACCGGCAUUGGCCUGUAGACUGAAUGUCGGGGGGUGGGCUGUAUGGGAGAUCAUGUUUCUCACUGUUGUCCUGAGACACGUCGAAUGGGAACGGUUUUGUACGCCUGUCGGCGCGUGGUAGUCGUGGGGGCGCACCGAUAAUUAUAGUUAUAAUUAUAAUUAUUAUUAUAAUUAUAAUCAUUAUAUAAUUAUAAUUCCUUUCACUUCAAAUUCCCUGCUUCUGAGUGAUGUUCAAGAUCAAGGGUUGAUCUUACUUCCAUUUUUUAGUUUUGUUUCCUCUGGGAGGUGGGGAGGGUAGGAUUGUUGACGGACAAGCAAGAAAAAGCUGGGAAACGUUGCAUUUUUCUUGCGCUUUUUUUUUGGCAGGAGUUGGAUUUCUAAGCCGACCGUCUUCCGCGUUUCACCUGGAAAGUUCAGGAUUGGGGUCGAGGGUCGGUGCGUACGCGCGCACGUUUCAAUU